CCGGGGUCACAAAUGAGCGCGCUGAGUUCAACUGGUUAUCAGCUUUCCACACGCUUCUGAAAUCUUUGAUUGACAAAGUGUUUGAUUGUUUCAAGCUGUCGUUUUGACAACAUUAAUGUUUUAAGCUGUACUAAAGUUGAGGUAGUCAGAAUGGACGUCGCCACCAAACAAAAUAUUAACGUUGAAGUCCAUGUCAAAUCUCUCAGCACUGCAAAACUGUCUGAUGUGAGGACGCACGUCCAGGCUCUACUGAGUCGCCACAGCAUGGUUUUUGGAAACUUCAGAUGGACAGAGUUCGAUGAAGAGUUCUUGCAGAGACACGUGGAGUCUGUGGCCAUAGUUGAUCUUGAGGAAAUGAUCGCACAGCCUUUGGAUUUGAAGAGCUGCCUUGUCUUCGUUCACGUCUUCACUCUGAACGAGGAAGGACCCAGCAUGCUCACUUUAGAGGAGGACGAGGAGCUUUCAGCAGCAAAUCAUUGGCUCCUGCCAACAGCUGAGUUUCAUGGGAUCUGGGAGAGUCUUGUGUACGAAAMUGGAGUCAAAACCAGGCUCCUGGAUUACGUUACAACAACGAUUUACUUCUCAGACAAAAAUGUCGACAGCAACCUGAUUUCGUGGAACCGCGUCGUGCUGCUUCACGGACCUCCGGGCACGGGGAAAACAUCACUGUGCAAAGCUCUCGCCCAGAAACUGUCAAUCAGGAUGUCAAGUCGGUAUUCUUUUGCACAGUUUGUGGAGAUAAACAGUCAUAGUUUGUUUUCAAAGUGGUUUUCAGAGAGUGGGAAGCUGGUCACAAAGAUGUUUCAAAAGAUCCAGCAGCUGAUUGAUGAUAAAGGCGCUCUUGUGUUUGUUCUGAUUGACGAGGUGGAGAGUCUGACGGCAGCCCGGACCGCCUGUCAGGCAGGAACAGAACCUUCUGAUGCCAUUCGWGUGGUCAACUCCCUCCUCACUCAGCUGGAUCAGAUCAAACGACAUUCCAACGUGGUCAUCCUGACGACGUCCAACGUGACGGAAAAGAUCGACUUGGCGUUUGUGGACAGAGCCGACAUCAAGCAGUACAUCGGCCCUCCGUCAGAGAAAGGCAUCUAUAACAUCUACCUCUCGUGUCUCGAGGAGCUGAUGAAGUGUCAGAUCAUUUACCCCCGGCAGCAGCUGUUCACCAUGUACGAGCUGGAAACCAUGGGCUUCGCUAGGAGCGAGGUGUCCGAACACAGUCUGAACCUGAGGAACAUCGCUCUAAAAAGCAAAGGUUUGAGCGGAAGAGCACUCAGGAAGUUACCAUUUCUAGCCCACGCAAUGUUUGUUAAGACACCAACAGUCAGCCUGGAGGAGUUUCUGGAAGCUAUGAGCCGAGCAGUGGAUAAACAGAGGGAGGAGCAGAACGAUUUGAUCAACAGUGUCUGAAACCAUAAAAAUACAUGAAAAUGUGAUUUUGAGCUGCCAGUCUGAAAACCCUAACACCUUUGUUAAAGCUUAAUCAGUUAGUUAGUUAGUUUAUUCAUUUAAUUUAAAACAAAAACAAAUAAUCAGUUCAUUAAUCAGUUCAUUUGGCAGCUCUAAAGAAAACACUUCAUCAAAUAAAUGGUUUUAGCAGUUUUUAUUCAGGUAAAUUUGUUAUUAACCUGAUGUAAUCCUUCAUGCUUGAAUAUUUCUCUGUUUUUGUUUGUUUCACAUCGAACAGCUUUAGCUUCAACGGUGCCUGCUUUUGCUUUAAAUAAAAGCAAAGUUUGGAUUUUUGUUUUAAAAUUUAUUAUAAUCUUGUUUUCRUUUGAUUGUUUUACAAAAAAAACUUGUUCUCAGCUUGUGGGGGUUGUGRGUCUCUGAAAGCUGAAGUGGUGCUUCUUUUGUGGAACACACUUAGUUUAGAAUAAAUUUAGAAAUAGUUGAGCUUUUCUGAUGCAGCUUUUUAUGAAAAGUUUACUUUUUUACAUUUAAUUCUACCUGACGAGCUGCUACCCAUAYAAACCUGCUUUUUUGUGCACAAUAAACACAAAAGAUAAUUUAUCCUUUAACAUACUGUUUGUGCAUGUUUGUGUAUUUUAUGUUUCUCAUGAAGGGGUGCAUUUUUUUAAAAUCUGCAUUUUUCUUUUGAAAACUGAGUUCACUUUAUUAAACCUUUGUGCAAAACAUAA